CCCCUCCCCCGUGGCUUGGCCGCCCCCUCCCCCCGCUCCGCCCGCUCAGAGCGCGAUGGCAGCAUCUGAGGUGGCUGGUGUUGUGGCCAAUGCCUCCAAUCCGCCGGAAUCCUCUUCUAUUUUAUGUGCUUCCAAAUCAGAAGAAAGUCUCCCAGAUGGUCUAAGCCCCAAAGACCCAGCGCAGAAGCAGAAGAACUCACCUCCAUCGAGUGUAAGUAGCCAAACGAUAACCAAGGAGAAUAACAGAAAUGUCCAUUUGGAACACCCAGAGCAGAAUCCUGGUUCAUCAGCGGGUGACACUUCAGCAGCGCAUCAGGAGGUUUUAGGAGAAAACUUGAUAGCCACAGCCCUGUGUCUUUCUGGCAGUGGGUCUCAGUCUGAUUUGAAGGACUUGGCCAGCACAGCAGGAGAGGAGGGGGACACAAGCCUCCAGGAGAGCCUCCAUCCAGUCACUCGGUCUCUUAAGGCAGGGUGCCAUACAAAGCAGCUUGCCUCCGGGAAUUGCUCUGAAGAGAAAUCCCCACAAGCCUCCAUCCCAAAGGAAGGUAGCAGGGACACAGGCUUGGAUUUCCGACCUGUAGUGCCUCCAGCAAAUGGGGUUGAAGGAGUCAGAGUGGAUCAGGAUGAUGAUCAGGAUAGCUCUUCCCUGAAGCUUUCUCAGAACAUUGCUGUACAGACUGAUUUUAAGACAGCAGAUUCAGAGGUGAACACAGAUCAAGAUAUUGAAAAGAAUCUGGACAAAAUGAUGACAGAGAGAACCCUAUUGAAAGAACGUUACCAGGAAGUCCUGGACAAGCAGAGGCAGGUGGAGAAUCAACUCCAAGUGCAAUUAAAGCAACUUCAGCAGAGGAGAGAAGAAGAAAUGAAGAAUCACCAGGAGAUAUUAAAGGCUAUACAGGAUGUGACAAUAAAGCGAGAAGAAACAAAAAAGAAGAUAGAGAAAGAAAAGAAGGAGUUUUUGCAGAAGGAGCAGGAUCUGAAAGCUGAAAUUGAGAAGCUGUGUGAGAAGGGCAGAAGAGAGGUGUGGGAAAUGGAACUGGAUAGACUCAAGAAUCAGGAUGGUGAAAUAAAUCGGAACAUUAUGGAAGAGACAGAGCGGGCCUGGAAGGCAGAGAUCUUAUCACUAGAAAGCCGGAAAGAGUUGCUGGUAUUGAAAUUAGAAGAAGCAGAAAAAGAAGCAGAACUGCACCUUACUUACCUCAAGUCAACUCCCCCAACACUGGAGACAGUUCGUUCCAAGCAGGAGUGGGAAACUAGACUAAAUGGAGUUCGGAUAAUGAAAAAGAAUGUUCGGGACCAGUUUAACAGUCAUAUCCAGCUAGUGAGGAAUGGAGCCAAGCUGAGCAGCCUUCCUCAAAUUCCUACCCCAACUUUGCCUCCACCCCCAUCAGAGACAGACUUCAUGCUUCAAGUAUUUCAACCCAGUCCCUCUCUGGCUCCUCGGAUGCCCUUCUCCAUUGGGCAGGUCACAAUGCCCAUGGUUAUGCCCAGUGCAGAUCCCCGUUCCUUAUCUUUCCCAAUCCUGAACCCCACCCUUUCCCAGUCUAACCAGCCUUCCCCACCCCUUCCUGGCUCCCAUGGGAGAAAUAGCCCUGGCUUGGGUUCCCUUGUUGGCCCCCAUGGUCCACACAUGCCCCCUGCCGCCUCCAUCCCGCCUCCCCCAGGCUUGGGCGGUGUUAAGGCUUCUACUGAAACUCCCCGGCCCCAACCAGUAGACAAACUGGAGAAGAUCUUGGAGAAGCUGCUGACUCGGUUCCCACAGUGCAAUAAGGCCCAGAUGACCAACAUUCUUCAGCAAAUCAAGACAGCACGUACCACCAUGGCAGGCUUGACCAUGGAGGAACUGAUCCAGUUGGUAGCUGCACGACUGGCCGAACAUGAGAGGGUGGCAGCAAGCACUCAGCCACUUGGUCGGAUCCGGGCCUUGUACCCUGCUCCGCUGGCCCAAAUCAGUACCCCAAUGUUCUUGCCUUCUGCCCAAGUUUCAUAUCCUGGGAGGUCUUCACAUGCUCCCGCUACCUGUAAGCUGUGUCUGAUGUGCCAGAAACUUGUCCAGCCCAGUGAGCUGCAUCCAAUGGCAUGUACCCAUGUGUUGCACAAGGAGUGUAUCAAAUUCUGGGCCCAGACCAACACAAAUGACACUUGUCCCUUUUGUCCAACUCUUAAAUGAUGGACCUGACUGGGGAGGAAGAAGAGGAAAACUGAUGUGAACAGGAAGCGCGGGUUCAAGAUUUCUAAAACUCUAUAUUUAUACAGUGACAUAUACUCAUGCCAUGUACAUUUUUAUUAUAUAGGUAAUGUGUGUAUAGAAAGUCUGUAUUCAAAUGUUCGUAAAUGAAAGUAUGUAUAUUAUGCAGAAACAGUUCGUUCCCCCUCAUCUUGCAAUUCUUUUGGGGGUUACAGAUUAUAGGGAAGAUGAUGUUUAAUUUGGCCUUGAAAUGUGAUAUCCUUGCCUGGGGCUGUUAUCAAAUACAUCUAGGAAGCUGCUGUUGCUCUGAGGCCAUCCUGCUUUGGUUUGGCUCAGCCUGUAGUUCAUUUCCUUAAGGCUCAUGUAUGCAGAUUUGAAGCCUGGUGCUCACCUGCUGUCCAACCAGAUGCCUUGCUUACUGAGAGCCUUUGCAAGCCUCAGUGUUGUUCUAGUCACUCCACUUCAAAUGAGUGAAAUGAGACUCUCUGAUUGAGGUAAAAAAUGUAACCCUAAUAGUUUGACUCUUCAUUGAAUAUUUUACUGUGUUAAUGCUCAUUAUUUAUACAUAGACAUUAGGUUUACAGAAUAUUCUGUUUUACAUCAGCAAAAUUCACAGUCCAAGAAUAACAACCACAUAACCAAGUCCCAUUUCCCCUGCCAGCUUCUGUCCAACCUACUUUCUGGAUAGAAAUUAGCACAACCCACAGGUUUUUCAUGGGGUAAGCCAUCCCUGGCUACCAUUGGCUUGGCUUCUAGUCUAGUUCUGACAGGCCACCUUGUAAAGUCCUCACCCCUUCCAUUUCACUCUGGUCUCCUAGUCUAGCUAACCCCCCUCCCCCCCGAAGGUUAAGGCAGUUGGUUCACAACCAAGUUGUUUGGUGACCUUGGGUGAGCUCCAGACAGGCACUGGGGUGAGGAGGUGUCUGUGCAAAAUUACUUGCAGAAUGAUCUUGGGAUGCUGGAUUUUAAUUUCCAAAGCAAGAAAAGUAUGGGGGAUGUGUUUCCUGUCCUGGGAAAAAUGGAGACCAAAGUGAUAUGAAGAAGGGAGGUGGGAUUUCACAUUUAUAAAUCAUUUGUUCUGUGAAUAGCUAUCUGGAACAAGAUCAUUUUUCCACCUCUGCUUACUGAGCACUUCUGGCUUUUAGGUUUUAUACCUGGGAAGGCUGUGACUCUCUUAGAGCUUUGAAUCUUUUCCUAUCCUUUUAUCUUUAUUCCUUCAGGAAAUGGCUUUUGCUCCCUUCUCUUUUAGAGUUAAGCAAGUAAAAACUGAGUGUUAAUCAAAAAAAAAAAAAAGUCUCCAAAGGAAAGACAUCAUUAUAUUACUGGCAACUGAUUUUUCCUGUUGUGGAACCUGGAAAUGUCUAGCAAUAUGUGCCAGGGUGGCAAAGACGUUUCCUUUAGGAUCCAACUAAAUGCUCUCGUCUUGUUACCAUUUUCCUUUUUUGUCUUUCAUUCUCACCUAUUAGCUCAUGGAUGAAUUCUUCCUCUUUUCUCUUGCCUUACUUGCCCAGGUUUAAAGACCAGCAUCAGUGUAAGAAGCUGAACUUGCUGGGAUCUUGUAGGGUGAUUUAAAUGGCCUGAGUACUCAACUCUUCAGAGGUCAGAUGACCUACUUUCUUUGGUUAAUAAAUAUUACUGCCUCCA